GCGCGUUGUAACGUACGUAAGCGGUUAGAAGAUUUAUCAGAUAUUAAAAACAAUAUAAGGUCAAUCGAAAUUUAAAUUCAUGAUAUGCAUCUGAAUAAAUAUCUUUUGUAUGAUAUUUCAUGUGUCGUGCAGAAUGAACAAAAGUGACGUGGAUGAUAUUAGAAAAAGAUUGCAUUGCGAUGUAAUACAAGACCAUUCUAAAUAUGACCGCAAUACAGCAAAUCGAACCCAAGUAUUAAUAAUUGAUUCCAAAUUGAGCCCACAACAAUCUACAAAUAAUUCACAGUCACUCAACGCAAGAGUAAUGCCAGCUGAUGAGAUCAUCACCAGAGAGGAAAAAAGAAAAGAAUUAAAAAGAACUAAUCAGCAACGAUACUGUGAAAAACUUCGUAGUAAUAAUUUGGCGCGCGCACGACAAAGCACUUCACAGCAACAGAAUGGACAAGAAAUCCUUAUUGAAGAGAAAGGGACACAAGAAUCGACAAAAAAAAGUCUGCAACGGAAUCGUGCGGUAUUACGGAAUAAAUCAACCCAGUCAACAAUUCAGCAAUGUUUAUCACAUGCGCGACAGAGCAUGAGUACUUCACAAGAACAGAUUGUGCAAGAAAUUAUUGAUAACGAGAAGAGAAGAAAAGAAUUACAAAAUGCACGUGUUCAACGGCUCCGUGAGAAACAUCAAAAGGCACGUCAGAAUACAACAGCGUCAGAAGAACAGAAGGCGUCAGAAGUCCUUACUAGACGGAAGAGAAAAAAAGAAUUGCAAAAAGAACAUUAUCUACAGUUUCCUAAACAACAACUGAAUGAGCGUCAAAGUACAAUAAUUUCGCAAGACGAGAUUGAGCAAAAGAAUCUUGAGAGAGAAAAGAGGACAAAAGAUUUAAGCAGAGAACGUCAGCGACGAUAUCGUGAGAAACAUCGAAAGAGCACAGUUACCUUACAAGCACAGAAUGCUGAAAAAAUGUCAAUACUUGAUAAAGAAAAGAGGAAAAACGAUUUAAACAGAGAACGUCAGCAACGGUUCCGUAAGAAACGUCGAAAGAGUACAAGUAACUCACAAGAACAGAAUGCUCAAAGAAUACUUGAUAGAGACAAGAAAAAAAAAGAAUUACAAAAGAAACGUCAGCAGAAGUACCGUGAUAAGCUUCGAAAUAAUUUUAUUGAACUACAAAAAGAGUUCAGACAACGUUUACUUCUAAAGCAGAACGCGACUACCUUACAAGUACAAAAUAAACAAGAGCUGGAAGAAGUGAAGAUAGAAAUUUUUGAUGAACCAACUUAUCAGGAUAUAAGCACUACUAUUAUUCACAUAAAGGAAGAGUCGAAAAAUGAAAACGCUUUUGUACUUUCCAACAACACUGAAACAAUUGAUACGGAAUGUAUUUUGUCUACUAUGGAGUUAACAGAGGAAAGACCUACUGAAAUUGUCGAAAAUGACACAAUUAUUGAAAUAAAGCACGAAAGUAUAGAAGAACCUUUGCCCACAAUUAGACAAGACUUUGUUUUUGUGGCUUGUACUGAUACUAUUGCUGUCAGUGAAGCGGAACUGAAUGAACAAAAUCUAAUUACAAAUACAGACGUCUGUAUUCCAACAGGUGUUCGAGAUCAAGAAAUCGUAGAAGAUGCGUGCCCUUACUGUGGGAAAAGCGUUCAACAGUUGAACAAACACAAACUGACUUGUGACUGGAAAUUCAUUUAUAACUGCACUUUUUGUCCGAUGGUGUUAACACGUAGAUGCAAUAUAAAAAGGCAUUUAUCAAUGAAGCAUUUAUACGAACUUGAGGGAACUUCUAAGACUUUACGUGAGGUUUAUGAAGAAAUCGUAGCAAAACCAACGGAACUAAACAUUACUAUGCCGAAGGAAAGACACAAAUUGAUCGUCGAAUUAAUGAAUGCUAAUAAUAUUGCACAUAUGAAGGUUCAUGAGCAAAUUUCCAUUAUGACGGAUAACCAACAGGAAUUAAUUAUUCCUGAUCCAAUUGAGAAUCAUCAAGAUUCAACAGCUGACACACAGAUAUCAAACGUUCCUUUUUUUCCACCUAGUCAGACUUUUAAAAUACCUACUAUAGAAGAGGUCGAAAAUAGCAAAAUUGAUAGCACAGCAGCAACCACGGGACAACAAUUAAUUUACGUUGAUUCGGGCCAAAAAGAAAAUGUUCCCAUUGUGUUUGAAAAAACAAAUGAGAAAAUAGAUGCUCCCAUCGACGUUAACAUGCAGAAUCAAUCUGUUUCUACUAAGAAAACAAAAGUAGGAAAACAUUAUGUAAAAAAAUAUAUCUAUUGCAACGAAUGCGUAUAUAAAACCCAUUGCAAAGCACAUCUUAGAGAACACUUUAUGGAAAAUCACUCAGAUAAAGUAAAUUUGAAAUUUCAUAGAUGUGUAAAAACUUUUCAAGAUCAAAAACUUUUGCAAAUUCAUACAGAUAAUCUUAAUGUUAAAUAUCAGUAUCCCUGCGUGUUUUGCAAGAAAAUAUUCAUGUGCCAACAGAACACGGUAGAGCACUUUCUGUCACUGCAUUCUAAAGAAGUCGAAAAUAAGAAAGCUGAUGAAAUUUUGGCUUUAAUUGAGGCUAAUAAAAAGGUCAUUAAAAUUUCAAAUAAAAAUACAGAAGACAUACAAAAUACAAACGUCGAUCCAUGCCAUAAUUUAAAGGAUGCUUUUGUUGUUCUUGAGAAAAUUAAUCUUCCUAUCUAUGAUAAGCUACAAAAUAAACCUGUUAAUACUCAGAAGAAGGAUGUGGAAAUUAAAAAAUAUAAUUACGUUCACUGUAACGAAUGUAUUUAUAAAUCAACUAAGAAAACACAUUUGCUAGAUCAUAUAAUAAGAGUCCACCCUGAUAAAUUAAAUGUGAAAAUUGACGAAAUGAAGCAUUUGCUUAUGACUAGAAAAAAAGUUUUCAAGAGAUCAAUAAGUAAUAACAGACAAGGAAACGUGAAUUCUAAAUCAAAGAUUGUAAUUGCUAAAUCUGAAUAUUUAUGCGAUCAGUGUAGUUAUAAAACGUCAAAAAAAAGUAAUCUCCUUUGUCACAUUAAUGGACCACAUUCCACAAAAUUAAAUAGCCAAUCUCAACGUUCAAAGAAUGAAUGCAAGGCGAGAUUCAAACAUAUGUGUUUAUUUUGUUUCAAUUCAUAUUUUUAUUUAGGGAAUAUGAAGAAACAUAUUAUGCAACAACAUACGUCAGAACUUUUGAAAAAAUCAAUACAUAACAUAAUUAAAGAAGUAAUUGUUAAAAGAAUUCCAGUUCAGGAUUUCAAAAUAUCAAAGCAAACAAAAUCUAAGCAUGUAGAUAUUGAUCCACGUAAAAUAAAUACAUCCACAUUAGAGUAUAUAUUUGUGUACUGUUUCAAAUGUAAAAAUGUGAAAGCAAGCUUUAGCAAAGUAGGACAUCGUUUAAAAAACUGCGAGGAAUGUGGUACACGAAUGAUUUAUCUUUGCUCGAAAUGCAAGGAGAUGCAUACGCUUCAAUUUGACUUGCUCGUGAAACACUGGAAACAGUGUACUAAAAACUACGAAUUUUCGCAACUUACACUUGACAAACUUGAAGUUUAUUCCUGCCCUGAAUGCUUGUACGUAGGCACGCAUAAAUAUAAAUUCGAAUCACAUUUAGCUCGAUUCAAACAUAAUACUGAAGAAAAUAAAAAUAAUAAAAACUACGAUGAGGAAAUAGAUGUGUACGCUGAAGCUAAAUUUGCUGUUCAACGUUGCGUUACUGAUUUCAAAACGAUGACACGACGCUAUUGCCCGAAAUGCGAUAAAAUAGUGACAGAAGACAUGCAAGAAAGAAAAUACGCAACUAAAGGAAGUUGCAAAGUGUGCGAAUCUUACUUUCAUUUUCAAUGCGUUAAAUGUAAUGUCAACAUCAAGUCACAUGUACAAAUGCGUUAUCAUUUAAACUCAAGAUGUUUUCACGGUGACUAUAAAUGCACAAAAUGUAUCAAACGCACGCAAAAUUGGCAAGUGAUGCGGAAACAUUACAUGAUCAAUCAUACUAAUCGAAAAGAACUUCACUUAUGCGAAUUUUGCUCAUUUCGGAGUAAACACAGAACUAAUUUUUUUCAACACUUGAAAAGUAUGCAUCCAGAUCAAUCAAUGCAUAUUGUUCCUGGUAACAUUAAAUUGAAGCAACGAGACAUAGAUUAUGUAUGUGAUUUGUGCAAUUUUACUAGUAAACAUAAGUGUUCAAUCAAGGUUCAUUUGCAAACUGUCCAUGGGAAGAAGAACUAUAAGUGUAAAAUAUGUAAAUUUAGGACUAAAUAUGAGGCGAAUUUGAAAAGGCAUUAUUUUAUAAGACAUAAAAAUUAUUAUUAGAUUAUUUUUGGCAAUUCUUUCGAAUACAUAAAUAGGUGACUCAAGAACAUAUUUGAUCAUUAUAUUUUUAUAGCUUAGCAUACUAGAUUUUACUAUAAUUUAAAGACAAUUAUGUGGGAAAUGUAAUAUAGUUUAUAAUCAAGUAAACUAUUAAUUUAAUAAAUACGUAUAAUUUAAAAACAAUGUAGGUUAUGUCAUUGUAGUUACACAUAUGGACAAUGUUAUAAAUAUUUCAUAUGCUUUGUAUAUGUUUGUUAUCAGUACACACAAACCAACUUGCACUACUCACAAUCAGUCGGUCGACUUGUGUAAUGUUUAUAGUUGCGUCAUACUGUAUUAUGACAAUAGAUAAAGUCUAAAUAAAGAUGUGUUUGUAUAUUUUUUCACUUGUAGCAUAUGAUGCAAUUUGUAAAUAAAAUUUCUCAGAAUAUAUACGUAGGUUAAAAUAAACAUUAAAUAAUAUUACCAGGUUACCUAAUGAUCCAAAGUUAUUAUUAAGCAUGAAUGUUAAUUAUUGUAUAAUCCAAUAUUUCCAAACGUGGACUUUAAGUAUCUAUGGACAGCUCCGAUACAUCUUCUGAUAAAGAAAUAGAAAAGUAUAGUGUCGAGAUAGCUCAAACGCCUUAAAACUGAAGUUUUUUAGUAAUUUUUUUUGGAACGAAUUUGAUAACGACUCAAACAGAUGCGCAUUACGCAUCAUCUCUGUUCUCUUCCCGCCUCAUAAGCCAAACAAACUCUUUUUGUCUGUAGCGCUGUUAUUUUAUUUUUUGCGCACCAUUACUAUUUAUUGUAAUUUGCUCAUUGCUACGAGAUGUCUCUAAAAUGAUGUACAUUAAGUAAUUUAUCUAAAAUAAAUUAUA